UUACAUUUUCACAUUUUGCACAUUUAGCAGGCACUCUUAUCUAGUGUUACUUAAAGCUGUUGUUACAAUUGGAACACACCACAGAACAAUGUGAUGGCAUUUUAUCUUCUUAUCACUCUGGGAUUUCGAUUCAUUUCAGCGGAGUCACUUCUGCCUCAACCACAAAACGUUGAGGUGGUCUCUUACAACAUGGAUGCCUUAGUUAAGUGGGACGCUCCCCUUACUUCACUGAAAAACCUUACCUACACAGCUGAAUACAGAAUGUCUUCAACUCCCUUCUUCUACACCGUAUGUAAAGCCACCAAAGAGCACAGGUGUGACUUCGGUAAACUUCCCAGUUGCCAUGGAAAUUAUAAAUUCAGAGUGAGGAUAGAGUUAGAGGGAAAUACCUCCAGUUGGGCAGAAACCCCAAACUUCUCUCUUAAGAAAGGAACUGUAAUUGGUCCUCCAAACGUAACGUUGGUCACCAAGGGAGGAGCUAUAGGAGCUGUGGAGGUGAACAUUCAGAAUCCGGUGCUAAAGAUCUCAUCACUGAAAGAAGCCUACAGCAAAGUGGAAUACAAUAUCAGAUACUGGAAGAAGACUGACAAGAAGGAUGUGUCUGAGAGAGAGAUUGUGACUGCGCAACGUGUUAAGCUGAAGCCACUGGAGCCCAACACCAGAUACUGCGUUCAGGUCCAGGUGUACAUACCAAUGCCGCACAACAAUACGGGGCAGUACAGCAAGGCUGCGUGUGUGAUGAGCACCACAAACAAAACAACCACAGAUGGGGAGCGAAGGUUGUCUGAGGGCCUGGUGGUCAGUUUGGUGACGGUAGCUGUGGCUUUUCCAAUACUACUCCUAGUCCCCUGGGUCAUCUACAAAGGGAAAAGGUUUCUCCAUCCCAAGGUUAAGCUGCCUGAGCAUUUGAAACAGCACCUGAUUGAUUUUCAUCAAUACCCUUACCUGGCUUCGCAGAUCACCUCUCCUCUACAAGAGAAGUAUGAUCAGAUCAGCGCUCUGUGUGAUGAAAAUCCAUACAAUGUGCUGACUGACAUACCAGAGGACAACCUUUACCAUGUGGAUAGUGGGGUCUCUGUGGAGAUGCCUAAAUACUACAAUGCUGUUGCUGAAAAUGCCAAUUUUGACAUGCCCUACAAGAAUAUCUGACAAUGGUAUCAAGACAUGAGCUACUGUAAUUAUUCUGUAUAUGGGCAUAUGGAAUCUGAGUAUAACAGGUAGUCAUGAUAGAUUGUAAGCCAUUAACAUUAGUCUGCCCAUUAGGGGCUGAGGCCCCUACCCUUCAACAUAAAUAUUUUAACUUUUAAGUGUUUUUCUUCUUCAAUUUUCCUGUUACAAAACCGUAUUCAACUUUGUACUUUUUAGUUGCUUUUUUUACAUACUUUAUAUAUAUAUAUAUAUAUACAUACUACCAGUCAAAAGUUUGGACAUACCUACUUAUUCAAGGGUUUUUCUUUAUUGUUAAUAUUUUCUACAUUUUAAAAUAAAAGUGAAGACAUUUUUUCAGUGUUAUUUCAUAGUUUUGAUGUCUUCACUAUUAUUCACUAUUAUUAAAAUUUCAAAAUAAAGAAAAACCCUUGAAUGAGUAGGUGUGUCCAAAUUAUAUAUAUGCAUAUAUAUGUGUAUAUAUAUAUAUGUAUAUACACAUAAAUAUAUAUAUAUAUGUAUGUAUAUGUGUAUGUAUAUAUAAAUAGAUAUGUAUAUGUGUAUACAUAUGUACAUUGGGGAGAACAAGUAUUUCAUACACUGCCGAUUUUGCAAGUUUUCCAACUUACAAAGCAUGUAGAGGUUUGUAAUUUUUAUAAUAGGUACACUUCAACUGUGAGAGGCGGAAUCUAAAACAAAAAUCCAGAAAAUCACAUAAGUAAUUAAGUAAUUAAUUUUCGUUUUAUCGCAUGACAUAAGUAUUUGAUACACCAGAAAAGCAGAACUUAAUAUUUGUUACAGAAACCUUUGCAAUUACAGAGAUCAUACGUUUCCUGUAGUUCUUGACCAGGUUUGCACACACUGCAGCAGUGAUUUUGGCCCACUCCUCCAUACAGACCUUUUCCAGAUCCUUUAGGUUUCGGGGCUGUCGCUGGGCAAUACGGACUUUCAGCUCCCUCCAAAGAUUUUCUAAUGGGUUCAGGUCUGGAGACUGGCUAGGCCACUCCAGGACCUUGAGAUGCUUCUUAUGGAGCCACUCCUUAGUUGCCCUGGCUGUGUGUUUCGGGUCGUUGUCAUGCUGGAAGGACCAGCCACGACCCAUCUUCAAUGCUCUUACUGAUGGAAGGAGGUUGUUGGCCAAGAUCUUGCAAUACAUGGCCACAUCCAUCCUCACCUCAAUACGGUGCAGUUGUCCUGUCCCCUUUGCAGAAAAGCAUCCCCAAAGAAUGAUGUUUCCACCUCCAUGCUUCACGGUUGGGAUGGUGUUCUUGGGGUUGUACUCAUCAUUCUUCUUCCUCCAAACACGGCAAGUGGAGUUUAGAACAAAAAGCUCUACUUUUGUCUCAUCUGACCACAUUACCUUCUCCCAUUCCUCCUCUGGAUCAUCCAGAUGGUUAUUGGCAAACUUCAGAUGGGCCUGGACAUGCGCUGGCUUGAGCAGAGGGACCUUGCGUGCGCUGCAGGAUUUUAAUCCAUGACGGCAUAGUGUGUUACUAAUGGUUUUCUUUGAGACUGUGGUCCCUCUCUUCAGGUCAUUGACCAGGUCCUGCCGUGUAGUUCUGGGCUGAUCCCUCACCUUCCUUAUGAUCAUUGAUGCCCCACGAGGUGAGAUCUUGCAUGGAGCCCCAGAUCGAGGGUGAUUGACCGUCAUCUUUAACUACUUCCAUUUUCUAAUAAUUGCGCCAACAGUUAUUGCCUUCUCACCAAGCUGCUUGCCUUUUGUCCUGUAGCCCAUCCCAGCCUUGUGCAGGUCUACAAUUUUACGCUGAUGUCCUUACACAGCUCUCUGGUCUUGGCCAGUGUGGAGGUGCAGUUAAUACAGGUAAUAAGUGAAGAACAGGAGGGCUUCUUAAAGAGAAACUAACAGGUCUGUGAGAGCCGGAAUUCUUACUGGUUGGUAGGUAUCGAAUACGUAUGUCAUGCAAUAAAAUGCAAAUGAAUUACUUAAAAAUCCUACAAUGUGAUUUUUGUUUUAGAUUCUGUCUCUCACAGUUCAAGUGUACCUAUGAUAAAAAUUACAGCCCUAUACAUGCUUUGUAAGUAGAAAAACCUGCAA